GCCAAACUGUCGAAACUGUCAAGGGCGCAAUGUUCAGUGCCCCGGCUUCGCUCGCCAGUUGCGAUGGAAGUCAACAUCCCUCAUGUGGGGAGCUGUCCGCAAGCACCCACGCAAGACGUUGGCCAUGCAGCAAUUGUCGUCUGCUCCCUUGAACAGCUUUACGCAAGUAGCCGCUGAACCCCUGAGCCCGGAUCCGUCUACCUCAAAGACCAUGGUCGUUGACCAAAGUUGGCCACAGAAGCCCACCAUGCACACCAACGCCCAUGAUAGCCCUUUCGCCCAUGAUCACGCGUCAUUGCAUUCUCUGCCCGUCCUACCUGUCACUAGUCUUCAGACAAGCACCCUUGAUCAGCGUCCUACUGCCGUCAAAGAGAGCGAGCAACGGCACCAGGCCAACGUCGCUUCACCCACAUCCCCGCUGCAUACUCGUGUUUCGCAACAGCCCGUCUCCCUACAUAGUUCCACAGUGCGCAGCGACGAUUAUUUGCACCAGGCUGAGAUUGCUUCCCCUGUGCAGAUUCUAUCAUCAGAUGAGUCUUCUUCCCCUCCCACAGCAGCGUCCAGCGCGUAUGAACUUUCCGAAGAUACGCCGCGUUCCACAUCAGCCUCUCCAGACACGAGGAUAGAUAGUGGAGGAAAUCAGUACCAGACUUUGGUGCUUGACGCUAUCGAAUCUGCGCUUGGGCUGACGCCUAGCCAUGCUUGGCUGUGUGGCACCGAGCAGCAAUCUGCUGAAGACUCGGACUUCCAUGUAUGCGCUGCGGCAGCACAAGUUGGCCAGCAAUGUGUCGAUUCCGAUAACUUCGUCUUGGCGAGUACAUUGUGGCAGCGCAACAUCUGGACAGAAACCGAAACCGAGAACAACUUGACCGUGCACUACUUUGAUAACACCUGUCCAAUGGUGUCGUGCUUCGACUCUCGUCAAAGCCCUUUCCGCAAAGAUAUACCACGGAUAAUGCUCACCUGCGAAUACUUGAACGACUGCAUCAAAGCUCUGUCCGCAGCACACCUAGCGAAUUCGAUUCGCGGCAUGGACAAUGUCGCCCUAAGAUACCAGACCAAAGCAAUAAGAGGCCUCAUGUCCGUUCUUCAAACGCUACAAUUUCCAAGUCACCACAAAAGUAGCGACAAUGGCCUGUCACGCGUAUCGGCCACAUUCGCACGAUAUCAAGCGCUAAUGGCCGCUCUGCUACUUGCAAACAGCGCAGCCUGGGUUGAUGCUUCUGCAAUUGGUUUGACCCAUCAUCGUGGCGCGAGACUUCUUUUCCAGGCAUGGUUGUUGGACGAAGGAAUCCACGAUACGCCAAAAGACCCUGUCGUACUGGAUCGUGAACAAUCCUUCAUCAUAGGCGCCAUUGUGCAUCAGGAAUGUCUGCUGUCCAUAGUCAUUGAUCAGCCUGUUGAAUCGCUGCAAUACCUGCUGCAUUUUGCUACACUUGCCCAAGAACAAAGAGUGCAUCCCCAUCCCUUCACAGGUAUCAGUACUCCCCUGUUCAUCUACCUUGCUGAAAGCUUUGCGCUUGUUAGGCAAAAGCGGAAUUUGAUGUCUCAGGGAGAGCGAGGCUCCGAUUAUGAUGUUCAAAUUUCCAGAAGAGCCAGGGAACUGUACAUGCUCGUCUUGGCUCACCGCCCCCCUUUGGUAACAUCCGUGGAUGACACUCAGGAUCCAAACACUCCUCUCUCCCAUCUAUUCGCCGUGGACGCGAUGCUCCGCCUGGUGAUUUUGUUGGAGCUCAUACAGAGUUUUCCCAAAGUCACCCUAGAUGAUGCGCCCACACGCCAAGUGAGGCAAACAAGACUAGACCUCGCCAUCGCGAUACUGACUAUCGUAUCCGAUUUACCCGAACCAUCUGGUGCGAACAUCAUCAUAUCUAUUCCCCUUCUAUCCGCAGGUAGCGCACUACAGUCUACCGAAAGCACUCCAAGGAACAUCCAUCAGGGUUACGACCUCAGCUCCAAUAGCCUCGAUGCACUCCGUAGCCAAAUAGCUGCUUUGAUGCAUCGGCCCGCUACGCUGCAAAUGUGGCGGGAUCAAGUGUCAUGGCGCGUCGAGCGAUUACGCUCUCGCGUCAACGUAGCCCCCGUGAAACGGAUAAGUGCAAUCUUGGAAGCAGUCUGGCAUCAAGCAGACAAAGCGGCCAACUCUGGGACAUGUACGUCAAGAAACAUGGUCCAUUGGAUGGAUGUUAUGAUUGAAGGGCGACUUGAAACGUUGUUUGGGUAGGUGCGAAGUCUUUAUCAGUAGCUCGCAAAUCAUCGGGCUGAGGUCAGCGCCACAAUUGCGGCGGGAUCUUCCUUGUUUUGUUACCAUCAAUAUUUAAAUAUAUGUAUAUUUUACAUAGGCAUCCUUGAAGCGGC